AUGUCUUUCUUUCUUUCUUUCUUUCUUUCUUUCUUUAAAGCGUCAUUGCCUUUCUUUCUUUUUCUUUCUUUUAAGCGUCAUUGCCUUUCUUUCUUUCUUUUUCUUUCUUUCUUUAAAGCGUCAGUGCAUUUCUUUCUUUUAAUAGCUAAUGCCUUCUUUCUUUCUUUCUUUCUUUCUUUCUUUCUUUCUGCUGUUCUUUCUUUCUUUGUUUUACGCUUAAAUCUCUUCACUUCUUUCUUUUUUAAAUGUAUUUUUCUUCCUUUUCAGCUUCAUUUCUUUUCUUCUUUUAUUACCUGUUUACUUUCUUUCUUUUAUGCAUACCUUUCUUCUUUCUUUCAUUUUGCACUGAACUCUUUUCGUUUCUUUCUUUUUCUCUUUAUUUCUUUUCUUCUUUCCUCUUCUUUUAUUCCUUAUUUAAUUUCACUUUUUACGCUUAAAUCUCUUUCUUUCUUUUUCAUUUUAUUUUCUUUUGUUUUAUUCUUUUUCAUUUUCUUUCGUUCUUUUUUCCUUAAUUUUCUUUCUUUGUUUACUUUCGUUCGCUUAUAUUUCUUUCUUUCACUUGCUUUCGUUCUUUCUUUCUUUUUUACUUUCUUUCGUACGCUUAAAUCUCUUCAUUCCUUUUUUCCUUCAAUGUAUUUUCUUUCUUUCUCGUCUUCAUUUUCAUUCUUCUUUCAUUACUUCUCUAAUUUCUUUCUUUCUGUUAAAAUCUCUUUCUUUCUUCUUUUUUGUACUUUUUUCUUUUUUUCUUUUUCCACGGCAUCUUUCUUCUUCUUUCAUUACCUGCUUACUUUCUUUCUUUUCACUCUUCUUUUACCCUUCUAUUGUUCAUUUUCUUUCUUUCUUUCUUUUUUUCUUUCUUUAAUCCUUUCUUUCUUUCUUUCUUUCUUUCUUUCUUUCCCGCAAGAUAUGUACUUUAUUCUUUUUUUUCUUUUUUUAAACAUUCUUUAUUGUUCGUUCAUCAUUCAUUUAGCUUUCUUUCUUAAUCUUUUUUUUUUCUUUCUUUUCUUUUAUCUUUUUUUUUUCUUUUAUUUUUUAACAUAUCUUUUUUUUUUUUUUUUCCUUUCGACAUAUUUAUUCCUUCAGCACACAUAUAAAUUUCUUUCUUUUUUUCUUUCGUUCUGUUAA